UCUUAACCCCUAUUUCUCCGACAAUCAAGUGUUUUACUGUCUUCCAUAAUCAUUUGGAUCAUCACACCGUCAUCUCUACUCGAUUACUCCUUUCUUCCUUUUGUAUCUCUUUGAACCAUGUCUCACAGAUCGCUCUUUACCUCAAGGAUAAUUGAUUUUGAGUUUGAUUUUAGUUUUUUUGGGUUGAUUCUUUAGUUUUGAUUUUUAUCCAGAUUCAUGGAAACAGACUCCCUUUGUUGACCAAGAGUGGGAAACACACUCUUUGGUUACCAAACAGUCGUAGGACUUUUUAGGAGCUCAAAGUGUACUAAUCUUUAUGUUCUCCAUUGCUCGAAUUAAUCAGUAUAUACUCUCUUCCUGUUUCCAUGUUGUUGGUAUUGAAAUCUAAACAUUUCUGGUUAUGUUUGAUACAGAUAUGACAAAAGAGAAUCAAACGGUUGUCAUGAAGGACGAUAUCGUAGAGAUUUUUGGGCUUUUAUGUAAUUCUCUAGAGAAAACCUAGAACAUUCAGUUCUGAAAGCGUGAAAUGUGUUAAUCUCUCUUUGUUGUAAGAAAGUCUUGAAAUUUGAGAGUUAAUGACAGUAUUUCGACUUUAAUGGGAGACACAGUGAUAACAACAGAGAAGUCUUCUGAACCAUUUGAUGCUUUCCCAGCAAACAAGAUCGUAUGCCGCGUUAUGUUCCAGGGUUUGAUUCUCUUUUUUCCUACCAAUACUGUAGAUGCCAGAAGCAAUUUUCACAAUAUACUUGUCCCAGACGCAACUUGCGGUACUGCUCCCUUCAAUGCUAUAAGGGGCAUAGUCUUCGAUGUACGGAAUCUUUCAUGCGAGAAAAUGUAAUGGCAGAGUUGCACCAAACACAGCCAGAUGAUAACUCAAAACAGAAAAUGCUGGACAUAUUGAAACGAUUUCACUCGGAAGAGGAACCAAUUGAAGACAUGGAUCACAGCGAUAAUGAUGAUAUUGAUGAUCGUACUUUAUCGGAAGAGACUAUGCAGAAGAUUUUAUCAGGAAAUCAAGUCAGUUUGGACGACUUAUCUCCAGAAGAAGUACAGCAGUUUCAGAGAGCAGUGGCAUCUGGUGAACUAAGUAAACUUAUAAAACCCUGGGGACCAUGGUGGUUUAACCUUUCUGCAAAAACAAUUUCAUUUAGCCGAGAAGGAGCUCAACUCGUGAAGCCACUUCCCCAACAAGAUACAGCAUUGCCACUACAAGAUACCCUAGAAGGUGGUCAAUUCAGUGAAGUUCCUCCUGGACCUGAAAACCCACUUCCACCUAUUAACAAAUUGAGUUCAACAAAUCCAUCCCCGCUUUUGUCAGUUCACCUUAUCGACAUCAUAUAUAGUUAUUGCUUUACACUUCGCCUCUACAAUGGAGAUUGGGAAUCUGACGCGCUUGAUUCAGCAAUGGUCGUUUUAAGCUUAUUAGGCGAAGGUGCGCUACCUGAGAGUGUAGCAGAAGCCUUAGCCCACAGCUUGAAGCAGACAUGUUCACCAUCUUAUAGACCUGCAGGUGGGCUCCAAUUUGGAGUAGGUCUUAUUAAUGAUCUCGUAACUCUACUUCAUCUUGACCGAAACGCACUGGUCUGUGCGCUUUGUGAUCUACAGAGACUCGUUCAGGCUGGAGGACAUGAGUUGAGAUCCGGUAACUUGAGAAUGUUGAAGAAGAGUGAGAUGAAGGCUAAGCUUAAACUUGUUGACAGAAAAAUAUAUUUCAUGAUGUGCUGGGUUUAUGGACAACCAAAUGAAGCUUGGACUUCAUUGGCAACCCUAGUCGAAAUGGAAAAGGGUGUUAUGGCUGAAAUUUAUAGUGGAGGUGUUUGGGCAAGAAAAAUCUUACCUCAACAAUUCAGCUGAACUUGAUGAUCUCAGCAGAUAUCUUCUCCAAGCUCUCAGAGAGGGGGGUACCUGCAAAACAAAUACUCCGACGCUCAAGUCAGUCUCAGGUAUUUGCAGGGUUUACGAGAGAAGUUCGCACAUGAGAUAACUACCAAGACUGGUAACCCACAACUGCAGUUACGACUGGCAGUCUAGGCUGGCAGCUCGGUCCGGUACAUUGAACUGGCGGAUUGACCCACGGGCACCUUAAUUUACACUGGGCACACACAGGAGGUAAAAGUAAACCAAUUAAUAUCAAUGGUGAACAGGAAUCCAAAAACAAGGUUUUCAUUGAGGAAGUUAAGUAAAUUACAGUAUAUAAACACUGUAUUGCCAGUCAACAUGAUCAUGUCCUACCGGGGGAAAUCACGUUGAGAAGAACAUUUUGGCUUGAGGAUCCAUACAAAAAAGAAUUUUGGGAGUUUUGCAGGGAAGGUUUCUUAAGUGUCACGUGGCUUUGUUGAUGGUUCCUGUGUAAAGAGUUGGCUAAUUGGAUGUUUUUCUAGUUUCUUAAUUUCGUUCUUUUCUUCCCUUUUUAUUUCAAUUUGUGUGUAUGCUAUAAUUGAUGAUGUCGAAAAAGAUGAGAACCUCAAGGAAGAACAAUAAUAGCUAAAAAGUCGAAGAACUAGAUAAUGAUCAUGCUGCGAUCACAAAGUUUUGCUUUUUAAGAUUUCAUUUUCUGUGUUUUGGACUUAUCUGUUUAUGUAUAAAUUGUUGUUUCUUCAGAUAUUGUUUUGCAGU